AAUUUGGAGUUCGAAAAUAGAUCAGAAGUGGAGACUUCAGCGGGCGGUAGUUUGAAACGACAGGUGACUCAGACCGCUACACGUGUUCAACGUUUGACGGGAAGAAAAGCAAUGUCCACGUCCUCGGUGAUGUCUGGUAACAGUACGAAAUCAACUGGAUGUAACUCAAUUGCUAUUGCUCCACCCAUUGUACCAUCACAGUACAAUGCAAAAAAUGCUGGUAGAAAGAAGACAAAUCCGGUGUGGAAUUUUUUCGUCGACCUGAAAACGAAGGGGUUGAGCGGUGUAAGGUGCCGUUAUUGCGAGUGGAUAACAAAUGACCGCAGUCCAACAACAUUAAAGUUUCAUUUAAAGCGUAAGCAUGAUACGGGCCUUGGCGGAAUUUGGAACAUCGUAGAAGAACGAAUUGGUAUUAAUCAACCUCAGGGCCGUAGUCGUUUCGUUGUUAAUAAUAGAAAUGGUGAAACGGCUGCUUUCGUUAUUCCUGUGGACACUGAAAUGAGACCAGAACCGGACAGAGAACAACACUGUUACCCUGGU